GCAGUGUUGCCAGUUGACUUCCGUCCUGUCGGCAGUGUUAUGCGCACAAUGUAAUGAUCCUCCGUGCAGUGAUCAGAUGGUAGGAGACCUGAGAUGCCCGACCUACCCGCUGCGCUUACUAUUGUAGGGGACAGCCCGGACACUCAGAUGCAGUCAAAAGCAUGAAGAUUGCGAGUCCGGACGGCAGAGGAACCAGGGAACUGCGGUCCACCACGACGCGUUUCAUUGCACAGGGACAGUGAAGGGGAACCAUGUGCAGCCCCCUCAGUCCCAAGAUGCAGCAGGGGCCUGGCCUCACUGAUGUGCAUGUGUACAGCCAGUGGCUGGCCAGCAGACACGAGGCCAGCCUGCUGCCCAUGAAGGAGGACCUGGCUCUGUGGCUCACCAACAUGCUGGGCCAAGAGAUCACAGCUGAGACCUUUAUGGACCGUCUGGACAAUGGCUUCCUGCUGUGCCAGCUGGCGGAGACCCUGCAGGAGAAGUUCAAGGAGAGCAGUGCGGAGCUGCCCCGCUCUGGAAAGCCCCUCCCGAGCCGGAGAAUCCCUUGCCGGGCCAGUGCCCCAUCUGGUUCCUUCUUCGCCCGUGACAACACCGCUAACUUCCUGUCCUGGUGUCGCGAGGUGGGAGUGGGAGAAACCUGCCUUUUUGAGUCUGAGGAUCUGGUUCUUCACAAGCAGCCACGGGAGGUGUGCCUCUGUCUCCUGGAGCUGGGAAGGAUAGCAUCCAGGUACAAAGUGGAGCCGCCAGGUCUGAUCACGCUGGAGAAGGAGAUUGAGCAGGAGGAGAAAGCACCUGAGCCCCCGCCCUCUCCCGUGUCCCCGUCACCCACCAAGUCAUCCAGCAAAAAGAGCACUGGAAAGCUGCUGGACGAUGCAGUGAAGCACAUCGCUGAAGACCCUCCCUGCAAGUGUCCUAACAAAUUCUGUGUGGAGAGGCAGUCCCAGGGCCGGUAUCGGGUUGGGGAGAAGAUCCUUUUUAUAAGGAUGCUACACAACAAGCAUGUGAUGGUACGUGUUGGGGGUGGCUGGGAGACCUUCGAGAGCUACCUGCUGAAGCAUGACCCAUGCCGCAUGCUGCAGAUCUCUCGUGUGGAGGGCAAGACCUCCCCCGUGGCCAACAAGUCGCCCAGUAUCAAGGACCUCACUCCCGACAGCUACCUGGUGGUGGCCGCCCAUUACCGGAGCAAGAAGUAAAUAAAACCACAAAGAAGAAAACAGGCCCCCACUCUGUAACUUUGGACAACUUCAGGACACUUUCACCAACAGCAGACUGACAAUUCAACCAGAAAUUCAAAAAAG